UCAAACCACACUUCUCUUCAUUAUCAGCAGUACAGAAGCCAAAAAGAGACGAGAAGUCUUAAAAGAAAUGGCAGGGCAAGAGGAAGUGAAGGUGUUGGGAGGUUGGUCCAGUCCAUUUGUUUUCAGGGUAGAAGUAGCAUUGAAGCUAAAGGGAAUUCAAUAUGAAGCUGUAGUGGAGAAUUUGGCCAACAAGAGCCCUGAGCUUCUCAAGUAUAAUCCUAUCUACAGGAAAAUCCCUGUUCUUGUUCAUAAUGGAAAACCCAUUUCUGAAUCUCUUAUCAUCGUUGAAUACAUUGAUGAAACUUGGAAAGACAACCCGAUUUUACCUCAGGAUCCUUAUGAGAGGGCCAUGGCACGCUUCUGGGGUUACUUUGUAGACAACAAGCUUAUGGAAGCAUUAAAGGGAAUUAUCGGUAGUACUGAAGAAGAGCAAAAGCAGAAGGAAGUGGAGAAGGCAAAAGAAGCUUUGCAGGUGAUUGAAGGAGAGCUCAAGGCAAGAGGCAAGAAAUUCUUUGGGGGUGACACAAUUGGAUUUAUUGAUGUAGCCUUGGGUUGGAUCCCUAACUGGGUAGGAGCUGUCGAGGGAACUGUUGAUGUCAAAAUCCAUGAUCCUGAGAAAUUUCCUAUACUUGACGAAUGGAUGCACAAUUUUACACAGGUGCCUGUUAUCAAAGAAACUUUGCCUCAACAAGACGACUUGAUUGCACACUUUAAGCAACUUCUCAGCUAUAAAUUAGCUUCAGCAGCUGGAAAAUAAACAUUUCUGUUCUUCUUUUUCUUUUUUUUUUCUGAGAAAAUAUUGGGAGCUCAUUAAUAACUGUUAAAUUUGUCUAUUUUUCUAGUCGAAUAAUUAUGUAAUUUUUUUAAAAGAAAUUUUGUGUUGUACUUGGAUACAUGGGCUAUUUCCAUCAUAAAUUGACAAUAAUUCUCGAGUUUCGUUA